UGGAGAAUUAACUGAAAAUUACGGACUCGCAGUGGAUAGACAGAAAUUUGGAGAAUGAAGAAAGAAGCAAGAUACGUUGCAGCUAUAGUCUUCAUCGCCUCGAUCUUUGUGGUAUGCAAGGCUCAGUAUCGACCGACAGACUCUUGUGAGUCCAGUCAGAGCUGUGUGUAUCGCUACUCCUCAACUCAGCGAAGCUUUGACGGUGAUGAGCUGCAAGUAGCCACCGUGUCAGCUGUUGUCGUCUCUCAAUGUGUAUCAGCCGGAGUGUAUGGAAGGCAGAAUGCCCUGCAUUACUGCAUUAAAGUCAGUGGAGUAAGAGUGGGGGGUGACGUGGUCAAAGAUGACAGUACUGAUGAAGUUAUUGAUCCGACUGAAGAAGACAUCCUAGACCUUGACCCAAACGAUUCUGUUUUUCACGACCCUCCUAUCUCCCCAGAAGAUAAAAUGAUGGCUGGUGAAUUCUGCUUCACCCAAACAGACGAUGGAAAGAUUGUUGAGGUCAGCUACCCCGAUGGAGAAAGCAGCGAGGCUGUCAACUUUAAGAAGGGCAUUGUAGCUGCCUUCCAAACCAAUUUCAAGGGAACAGCUGAACAAGAAGAGGAGGACACAACAUCUUUCCACAAAUCAGCUUACAAGUAUACUACAAGAGGUACAGAGAUCACAGCGUAUCGCACCGUGCAAAGCUCCAAUGUGCACGUCCUAGCUGGGGAUACACCUACAGAAGAUGUCCAGAUUACUGCAAAUGAGCAGAUCAUCUAUGAUGGCAAAGUGCUCACUCGAUCUCAAGGAUCAACCUCUGUUGUGCUUACCGCAGGGUUGGGAGAUUUAGACUCACCUGCUGCACGAAUCAAUCCAACUGGUGUGUUGGCAAAACUUCCUGAGUACGAGCAAGAGGUGCUUGGGAGGGCGAAACGACAGGUGUUCGGAAGAGGGCCCAUUGGACAGCCAGCGACCUACGAUAGUAGCACAGACAUCAACGAUAUGAAGGGAGAGGGAGAGUACACAUUAGUGAAGAUAUUCUGCAGAGCAGCAGUGGCUAGAACUACACGUGAAGCUUGGGAGGAGGAUGACGGACAGACGCUUGUGACUGACACUCUACGAGCUAACAUCAAUUACACUCUAACUGAUCUUCGACUCUUGGAGGCACUUCGACGCCAAAUUCCAUCUGUCUGGGAAGCCUUGGAAACAUUGCACAGUGACUCAGAACACAACAGUCUAGCCGAUCGUCUACACCAGCUGGUUGAACUGGAGGGGGAGUACCAGCCACCACCAGGAGCCAAGCCUGCUAUCAGGGAGGUUAUCACCUUUUUGGAAAAGCUGCUGGGAUCAGACAAGAUAGAAGACAAGAAGAUGAGGAGCUACAUUUACCCACUUCUUGCUAUAGAGGGGCACCUUGACUCUCAAAUGGCUCUUCUCAAGUCAUACCAUGACUCUGUCGACCAAGAAGAAAAAAAUGGUAUCAUCACGCACAUUGCUUUCACCCGAAACCCUCGUCCUGAGUUUCUUGAGAUGGUGAGGAAUGCGAUUGACUCCUCUCCAACCAGUGUGGAUCCUCUAUUGCUGGCUUAUGGGGCCCUGGCGAGCGAUAAAGAGCAUGGAAUACAAACCUCCGUAGUUAAGGAUUUGAGCAAUCGACUGGAACGUCUGGAGGCUACCAUUGACUCCAGUAAGAAGAUACACCCCCUCAUUCAUAACAUACAUGCGUUGGGGAACACUGACAGUAAACUGACGAUACAGACGGUGUUGAAGUAUUUGAAGAGUAAGGAUCUCGAUAUACAACUGGCAUCCAUAAACGCUCUCAAGGCCCACUCAGUCGAUCAAAGGGUACAGGAACAAUUAAAAGAUGUCAUCCUCUCAGCUCAUUUCCAGGAUCAAGUUGAAGCGAUUGUGCAAAUGUUGAUCGAAGGACUGGAUAAAGUAAAGGACAAAGACUCACAUGAUACGUACGUCGAUGCUCUAGCGUCCAUUGGCUUCUUCGAGGACUCUAAACUGCAUUCAUUAGUGAUGGACUACCUACAGAAACUCGGAACAAAGCGUGCGAUGGAAUACAAUAAUGUCCUUCAAAAUAUCGAAAGACCUGUUGAUGAAGAUGAGACAUACGACAUAAGAGAUGACGUCAAUGACGCUCGUGUGCGUAGAGGAUCAGACUGGGAUGCUUCUAGCUCUAUCUACAACCUCGUUGCUAGCUAUUCCUCAAGGAGAAAUGACGUCAUAAAUCAUCCAAAACACAAAGCGUACAUCUGGGGGAAAAAGUUUGGUCUCAGUAAAGUGUAUGCACAAGUGGCGGCCGGUGGAUUUGCUGGUAUCAAGCCAAAUGGAAAUGGGUAUAAAUUGUUUGCCAAAGUGAUUGCUAAGGGACAUGCCUUUGGAAAGACUGCUACUGCUUUGAGAGCGGAGUUCUUACGUCAAAGAACAGGGAACAGCAUUUAUCAGAAGAUCUACGCUAAAGUUGUUGGUAAGACACUCAUUAAUGAAGCUGGCACCCUACCCUCCGGUUGCAACACCCUCACAAAGAAUCUGUACAGUACAACCAUCAAGAUAUUCCGAUUCAAGUACAGCAUUUUCAUCUAUGUUGGUACACUUGACUUCUAUAUUGGCAUGACUGCCAAGCUCGGACUAAAAGUGAAAGUGACGGUAUGCGAGACGUCGGUGAAGGCAUGUGCCAGUCUCAUUCCUAGUCUCACCCUGAGGGCAGAGGGAGGAGCCAGUGCCACAAUAAUUCUGGCGGUGAGAGGAGGGGUGGAGGUUGCAGCCAGCUUCACGUACCAGCUCGAGCCUGAGAUUUGCAUACACUACUGCCGAUAUGCCACCAAGAAGGUCAAAGCCUGUGUCAACAUAUACCACGGCUGGCCCAACAACUAUGCUGAGAUCUAUGCUUACUACCAGCUAAGAAAAGUCAAGAUCUUUCCACCCAAGUUUUACUGGGGUUCUAAGAAGCGAUGGAGCAAACUUUCAAAGCGUUGGAACCUCUCCAGUUUCAGUCGUCGCAAGAUCUGGAGCUCAUGUGACUCCACCCCAGUGUGUCCUAGCAAACCCCACUUCAUUGGAUCCAUUGGACUACCUGGAAGUCCCGGUAUUCGUGGAUGA